CACUGGAUAAGUUAUACUCAGCUCCAUUGUUCCUGCUUGCUUCUUCUUAGCAAAAAAAGAAAAAGAAAGACGUUAGUAGAGACAUUCAUAAGAGCUAAGCCUACGAAACAAUCCUAAGUAAUCGAACGGAGAUGGCGGUUGGAAUGGAGAACGCGACGGCGUCUGGUGAAUGUGGCGAGAUACUUAAGCCACGCACCGACAAGAGAGAGUAUCGGAGGAUUGUUCUGAAGAAUUCGCUGGAGGUGUUGUUAAUCAGCGACCCAGAGACUGACAAGUGUGCUGCUUCAAUGAACGUUAGCGUUGGAUCGUUUACGGACCCAGAAGGAUUGGAAGGGCUAGCUCAUUUCCUUGGUACUUUAUAUUUAUUAUUCCCGUUUUAAUUCUUCAUUGCAGGAUUCAAUCACUGAGCUGAGGCUAAAGUCUAAACUGUCUCUAUAAACAGUAGCAUAUGCUGUUUUAUGCAAGUGAAAAAUACCCUGAGGAAGAUAGUUACUCCAAGUACAUCACAGAGCAUGGAGGGAGCACAAAUGCUUAUACUUCCAGUGAAGAUACAAACUACCAUUUCGAUAUCAACACUGAUUCUUUUUAUGAAGCUUUGGACAGGUUUGCACAGUUCUUUAUCCAGCCACUGAUGUCAACUGAUGCCACCAUGAGGGAGAUCAAGGCGGUCGACUCUGAGCAUCAGAAUAACUUGUUGUCUGACUCUUGGCGUAUGGCCCAGUUACAGAAGCAUCUAAGUAGAGAAGACCAUCCAUAUCACAAAUUUAGCACAGGGAAUAUGGAUACUCUUCACGUACGACCCGAAGAAAAUGGAGUGGAUACAAGGAGUGAACUAAUUAAAUUUUAUGACGAACACUAUUCUGCCAACAUCAUGCAUCUGGUUGUUUAUGGCAAGGAAAAUCUUGAUAAAACUCAAGGUCUAGUGGAAGCGUUGUUCCAGGGAAUUCGAAACACCAACCAGGGUAUUCCAAGAUUUCCUGGUCAGCCGUGUACUCUAGACCAUUUGCAGGUUCUCGUGAAGGCUGUUCCUAUAAUGCAGGGUCACGAGCUUAGUGUUUCAUGGCCUGUAACUCCUAGCAUCUCUCAUUAUGAAGAGGCACCAUGCAGGUAUCUUGGUGAUCUAAUUGGUCAUGAAGGCGAAGGAAGUCUGUUUCAUGCCUUAAAAAUCUUGGGUUGGGCAACAGGACUCUAUGCUGGUGAAGCAGACUGGAGUAUGGAAUAUUCUUUCUUCAAUGUUUCAAUUGAUCUUACUGAUGCUGGUCAUGAGCAUAUGCAAGAUAUUUUAGGGUUGUUGUUCGAAUACAUUAAGGUUUUACAACAGUCUGGUGUUUCCCAGUGGAUUUUUGAUGAGCUCUCAGCUAUAUGUGAGGCAGAAUUUCAUUAUCAAGCCAAAAUAGAUCCAAUUUCUUAUGCAGUGGAUAUUUCUUCAAACAUGAAGAUAUAUCCAACCAAGCAUUGGCUGGUAGGAUCAUCACUGCCUUCGAAAUUUAAUCCAGCUAUUGUGCAAAAGGUUCUCGAUGAGCUUUCUCCCAAUAAUGUUCGAAUCUUUUGGGAGUCAAAUAAAUUUGAAGGGCAAACUGACAAGGUUGAGCCAUGGUAUAACACUGCUUAUUCACUUGAGAAGAUAACCAAAUUCACCAUUCAGGAGUGGAUGCAGUCAGCCCCUGAUGUAAACCUGCUUCUACCAACACCUAAUGUCUUCAUUCCUACGGAUUUUUCAUUAAAGGAUUUAAAGGAUAAGGAUAUCUUUCCUGUUUUGCUGAGAAAGACAUCAUACUCAAGAUUGUGGUAUAAGCCUGACACAAAGUUCUUCAAACCAAAGGCAUACGUUAAGAUGGAUUUUAACUGCCCCCUUGCAGUCAGCUCUCCCGACGCUGCGGUUCUUUCAGAUAUUUUUGUUUGGUUGCUAGUGGACUAUUUGAAUGAAUAUGCUUAUUAUGCUCAGGCUGCUGGUCUUGACUAUGGAUUAAGUCUUUCGGACAAUGGCUUUGAGCUCUCUCUUGCUGGCUUUAAUCACAAAUUGAGGAUCUUGCUGGAAGCUGUCAUUCAAAAGAUAGCAAAAUUCGAAGUUAAACCUGACAGGUUUUCCGUUAUCAAGGAAACAGUCACAAAGGCAUACCAAAAUAACAAAUUCCAACAACCACAUGAACAAGCAACGAAUUACUGCUCACUAGUAUUACAAGAUCAGAUUUGGCCUUGGACAGAGGAACUAGAUGCUCUUUCUCAUUUGGAAGCUGAAGACUUGGCUAAUUUCGUUCCGAUGCUAUUAUCAAGGACAUUUGUUGAGUGCUAUAUAGCAGGGAAUGUUGAGAAGGACGAAGCUGAGUCAAUGGUCAAGCAUAUUGAAGAUGUUCUUUUUACCGACUCAAAACCUAUUUGUCGUCCGUUAUUUCCAUCCCAGUUCCUGACAAAUAGGGUUACAGAGCUCGGAACAGGAAUGAAACACUUUUACUAUCAGGAAGGUUCAAACUCCAGUGAUGAAAAUUCUGCCCUAGUGCAUUAUAUUCAGGUUCAUAAAGAUGAGUUUUCCAUGAAUAGUAAACUUCAGCUUUUCGAACUAAUUGCAAAACAAGACACGUUUCACCAGCUUAGAACGAUUGAGCAACUUGGCUACAUCACCUCACUUUCUCUGAGCAACGAUUCUGGCGUCUAUGGUGUACAAUUCAUUAUCCAGUCUUCAGUUAAGGGUCCAGGACAUAUUGAUUCGAGAGUUGAGUCACUACUAAAGGACCUGGAGAGUAAAUUUUACAAUAUGAGCGAUGAAGAAUUCAAGAGCAAUGUAACAAAUUUGAUAGAUAUGAAGCUUGAAAAGGACAAGAACUUGGAUGAGGAAUCCUGGUUUUACUGGGCAGAGAUUCAAACCGGGACACUCAAAUUCAACCGCAUAGAUGCAGAGGUGGCUGCACUGAGACUGCUAAAGAAGGACGAAUGGAUAGAUUUCUUUGACGAAUACAUAAAGGUUGACGCACCAAAUAAGAAAUCGUUGAGCAUAUGCGUUUACGGAAACCAACAUUUGAAGGAAAUGCGAAAUGACAAAGACAAGAUUCCAUCAACAUCCAUAGAAAUCGAAGACAUUGUCUGUUUCAGAAAGUCUCAACCUCUUUACGGGUCGUUGAAACUAUGAGGAGGUCCCAACUCUAUUCCGGUAAACAGGGAAUACAAACACACAAAUGCCAAAGCGAAUCAACAGACUUUUGUCAUAUUUAAAUAGCUAAACUUGGCAUCAUAUAUUCAAAAAAAAUUUGGAUGAUAAUCUAUGUCAUAGUUAUUCAAUAUACUUAACUUUCAUAUAUUCUACUUUUUAGGUCCCUAUUUCAUAAACUUACACAACAAUUCAACGGUCGAGUUGGCAACUUGGCUUUGUUGACCAAAAGUGUAUCAAGAAUUGGGAAAAUAUACACCG